GCUUGCGCGGCCGGACCAGAUUAGGGAAGGCGGAGAGUGUCGGUCGUCGCUUGUUGAGUUCUCGAAGAAAGACUGAAAGAGUUGGAGGAAUUAAGGCCGCCUUCCGUAAAACGGUGGCGAUUCGGCAGACCGAAGAUGAGCAAGAUCCAGAAGUUUUUCAAGGGCGGCGGGGGGUCGGGCUACUCCAGGGGGAAAGGGAAAGGAGGGCCCACGCCGCAGGAGGCUUUGGCGCGGCUGCGGGAGACGGAGGAAAUGCUGACCAAGAAGCAGGAGUACCUGGAAGCGAGGGUUGCCAAGGAGCUGGCCCUGGCUAAGAAACACGGCACCCGGGACAAGCGAGCUGCACUGCAGGCACUGAAAAGAAAAAAAAGGUAUGAGAAACAGUUGAGCCAAAUUGAUGGGACUCUUUCCACCAUUGAAUUCCAGCGUGAGGCACUUGAAAAUUCCUACGCAAAUACAGAAGUGUUCAAGAAUAUGGGCUAUGCUGCUCAGGCCAUGAAAAAAGUACAUGAAAACAUGGACUUGGACAAAAUUGAUGAAAUGAUGCAAGAUAUCACUGAGCAACAAGAUAUUGCCCAAGAAAUCACAGAGGCUCUUACAAGAAAAGUUGCUGAUGACUUCGAUGAGGAUGAACUUUUGGCAGAAUUAGAGGAGCUAGAGCAGGAGGAACUCAAUAAUAAGAUGACAAAUGUCCAUUUACCAAGUGUCCCAGCUACCCCAUUGCCUUCUCAUCCUGCUUCUUCAAAGAAGAGGGUGGAAGAUGAUGAAGACAUGCAGCAGCUGGCGGCAUGGGCCUCUUAACAGCAAUUUCUCACAGGCUUCAAAUGAAUACCAAGUAGAAGGACUUCAUGGAACAGUGCUUAUGUUUUAUACAGAGUGUAGCUAUGUGGAAUAUUGACCAAAAUAGGUCACUGGUGAAAUAUGUGUAUAUAUUCUAUAUAUUCUUGUAUAUAUUCUUCUUUUUUUUUUAAGAGCCCAGCACUCUCAAGACUACUGCCAGUAUAGUCUUUCUCCUUCAGAUAUAUCUUCAGCAGACUUCCUUUUUUUUAUGCUAAAGAAACCAGAUAACAAGCAAGACAAUGACUUGAUUAAUGUUACUCUUGUUGGCUUUCACUUUUCUUAUGCUCAGAACAUGUGUAGGUUGCAAAACCUAUUGAUGCAACGGUGAAUGAUGCAAUGGUUUGACAGAGAACUGAAAUUGGCUUGGUUUUGGAAUCUCUUUUCCAAAUGUUUUUUCAAACAAAAUUAGAGCGGUUAAAACAUAUGGAAUAACUGGCAUUAUGGAAGAAACUAUUGAAAACAAAGAACUCUAAGUUAGAAUUCUUUGUUCUCAGUGGUUUCUUCCCGAAUGCCAACGGUUCGUUCAGAGUACAAAGCAGAAAUCAAGCUUUGUAGCACCUUAAAAACUAAGUUAUGGUGAAAGCAGACCUCUGUUGAAAGAGGGAAUGGACAUAUUCUCUAUGCAGAGAGCAGGACUAGAAUAAGUGGGUUAAAACUAAAAGAAUUAGGUUUAGGGUAGGUGUCGGGAGAACCUUUCUGACUGUAUAAGCUGUCAGUCAGUGGAACAGGCUGUCAUAUGAAGUGAUAAGUUCUUUUUCCAGUGAAGGUCUUCAGCAAAGGUGGGUGGACAUCUAGCAGAUCCUGCACUGAAUAGAUGACCUCUUAUGUCCCUUCCAGUUUUAUGAUUCAGUAAGGGAUGAUCAGAGAAGGAAGAGUGUCAUAGAUCCAUUGACAGCUAUGUUUAGAUGGCUGGUAGGCCCUGAAAUUGGUUGUUCUAGGGGCAGUUGAGAAAAGGGCUUUGGAUUGUUUGGCUUCCAAGUUGUUUGUUAUCCUGAUAGGUCCCUGGAAUGGGCGUUAUCAGCUCUGCCCUUCUGGAGCUGGAUUGAUUGAUUCUGCUACACAGCUUUUAAUGGAUUGGGAGUUAGUGAUUCUGAACAAUGCUACACCAUGGCUGGUUUCUUUAAAACAUGUUUUUCCUGCCAACAUGAAUCAUUAGAGCACUUAGAGCCUACAACUUUUGUCUUAUCCCACAUGCACUUAAAAUUAAUGUAGAAUAUUCAUAUUUUAUCAAGAGCCCACUUCAUCACUGAGCAUAAAAGGUGAUAGAGGCAUGCAAUCUAGUGCACACAGGAAAGCCAUGAAACAUUAUGCAGUCUAAAAUACUGGGUAUGGUUUGGUUUGCUCAAAGUUAGUAGCGCCAAACUCUUGCUGAUUUUUAUGUGAGUUAGAUUAACUUGAUUUGAUAAAAGGGAAGUAGGUAGAAUGAGUUUAUUUGGUUGAGUGUCCAACAGUUGAUAACUGAGUUUAUCAGGUUCUUUAAAAAUUGGAGGUCAUAAUUCAAUAAAUCAAAUGGCUUGAACUCAACUAACUCUGUUAGAUUGUGGCCAGAAUAUACAUGAAAAUGUUGUUCCUUUUGUCUCAGUUUUCUUUAUAGCAGAAUCCUUCAUGUAUUGCAGUGUCUUGUCAAGCAGAAAAACUUUAAUGCUUUUUAAUUGUGGCUUUUUAAUGAACUUCAUCCAUUCAUUCAAUUUCUUUUUUUGGGGGGGUUGGAUAGUACAAUUUCUCUUUAAAUAUUUAAUUAAAUGUUUGCAAUAAUUUAUACUAUGUUUAUGUACCUUCUUUCAAACCUUUUUUUAAAAAAUCUGGGAAACAGAAGAGAAAGUUAAAGUGACUAAAUAUUGGAGGCAAAUAAAAUACAUUGCUCUGAGAAUAACUUUCUGUAUUUUUCCAUUGGACAAUAAUUGCUUUAAUACUGUGCUAUAAAACUCAGAAACAUAAUCACACACAUUGCAGUUUUUAAAAGUAUAUUGAUCUGGUAUUUUUGUUGUAUAAAUUGAUUUGUUGGGUCGAGGCACUUUGGCAAUUCUUCCAUCUGUGGAUGACAUGUAAUCAUAUAAAGAACUAUGGUAAAUGUGACUCCACUUACAUAUCCUGUACUAAUGUGAGGUGGAAAUCCAAAGUUCCAAAAGUAACUUUGUUUACUAUUUUAUGUCAGCCAUUCUUUCCUCCUUGAAAUUGGUUUCUGCAUGUGUGCUUUUUCUUUUUCUACUCCCCUUCUGAAUUUUAAUUUAAGAUGACAUCACUGUUACUUUCCUAGAACACAGAAGACCUUAGAUAUUCUUAUGGGUAUUAAAUUGUGCAAUUUAAAAUCUGAAAUUGCUUUUUUUUUU